AGCUACUCGGAACGUUUUUGCAAAGGAACAGAACACCAGAGAAGAAAAUACAAACGCACAAACCGAAGAUUUCUUUUAGCUGUUUUUCUCUGUUUUUCCUCUGACAAACUAAACUCUCUUUAGUUUGUACAGAAUGUCAGAUGAAGAGGAGGACUAUAUGUCUGAUGCAUUUCUUAGCCAACUUCAAGAUGUGAAACCGGGAGUCAGCAUGGUGAGGCGGGUAAAAGAAGCAAUGAAGAGGGAGGAGAAGCAAAAGGAAAAGAAUAUAAAGAACCGUCAGAAGAGCUACAAGGAGCAGGAGAGCGAAAGCCGAGAAGCGGCUUUACAGAGCUCCAUCAGCAAUGAAAACAAAGGGUUUGCGCUUCUGCAGAAAAUGGGCUACAAAGCUGGGCAAGGACUUGGGAAGCAGGGAGCAGGAAGAGUUGAUCCAAUUCCACUAAAUAUCAAAACAGACAGAGGGGGUAUUGGAAUGGAAGAGAUGAAGAAAAGAAAAGCUGAAGAGGAACUGGAGCAUUAUAGGCAGAAAGUACGAGCCAAACAACAGAAUGAGACCAAAUCUCUGGAAGAUUUCAGGUCAAGAGUAAGGACGGAGAGAGAGGAGCGAAAGAUUGAAGGAGACCUCAGGAAGAGUCAGCGAGCUUGCGAACAGCUUGACAGUCAAAAGGGGAUAAGUGUUCCAAGAGAAGACUGGUACUGGCCUAAAGCAAAUGCUGAUGAAGAGGACGACGGUCUUAAAGAAGAGGAGGAGGAGGAGGAUGAAGAGGAGGUUACAGAACUCACUUCUUUUGAUAAACUACAAAUUUUGACAUCCUAUUUGAGAGGAGUCCAUUUUUAUUGCAUAUGGUGUGGGACCACCUAUAAUGAUGAAGAGGACUUGUGCUCUAAUUGUCCUGGAGAUACAGCAGCAGACCAUGAAUGAAUACAAUCAAAACUAGUGUCACAAGCUUACAGUUGUUGUUUUUUGUUUUGAUAUUUUUUUUAAAGUUAAAAAUGUUUGAUCAUGAAAACAUUAGGUCUAUGUGUGAGUGGGGAAAAAGCAUUUUGGUAUGUGCUCAUCAGAAUACAAGAAGCAGCCAAGGAAAUAAA